CGCACUUAGGUCUUAUGUAGAAGCUGCCGAGCUUCGGAAUAACAGGUGCCGUACAUGAAUGGAUAAGAAACUUCUUAUGUGACUGCAGACAGAGAUUGAGAGCCAAUGGAACGCUAUCCGAGCGGAGGCCGGUCAAAAGUGGUGUGCUCCAAGGCACCAUCUUAGGUCCCUACUUUUCCUUCUCUAUGUUAAUGAACUACGCUAUUGCAUAAGAUGUCGACAUCAUUGUUUGCGGAUAGCGUCUGACUCUGGAGAACAAUAAGAAGUAAGGCCGAUCAUUUUGGUCUCCAAGCUGACUUGGACGACUUAGUUAGAUGGGCUUGAGUUUGGGGCUUAGAAGUUAAUUCUAGGAAGAUUGAGCUCAUGUACAUCGGACACGGUAAUAGUUACCAUUAUAUUAUUGAUGGUAUAUCUCUUCCAUGCGUUCAAGAACAUAAAAACUUAUGAGUAAUAAUAAGUCAUGACUUGAAAAGAAUUAAACAUUGCAACGCGGCUGCUGCCAAAGCUUGUCGUGCGCUAUGGUCACUUUCCCGAGCAUUCAAAUGCUAUGAUGAGAUGUUUUUAAUUUUACAUCCUACCAAUGUAAGACCACACUUAGAGUACUGUAUCUAAGCAGCUAGCCCAUGUCUGAUUAGAAAUACCAACUCACUUGAGCGUGUUCAGCGUGUAGGGACGAAAUCAGUGAAGGGUUUUCCUAAACUCUCUUACUAUGAGCUUUAAAUAGCCACAACCUUCCCCCUUAUAGAAUCAUAGGACGCAAAGUGACUCUAUACUGGCGUUUCGUAACUUUAUUAAAAUUUAGGUGUUAAUAUAUCUUAUCUUUUCGCUUCCUCCAGCACUAAUAAUCUCCGAUAUCAUUGCAAGAAUGUUCACAAACCGCGAUCUAAUAAACUUAAUGUGGGGUCCCGUUUAUUUCAUCAACUGGAACGCCUUAUCCAAACAAGUGGUAUCAGCCCUAUCAACGGAAAUUUUCAAGGCAAGGCUGGAACUUUAAUGGGAGGCAAUCUGUCAGGAUUAACACAGGCUCACCAACCUACUCUCCUUAUUACUGAAGAUUGAAAUAGAGGUCAGGCGCAAUUUUCAACUGUACCUCCUGUAACGGUAUUAAAAAUCAUUACAUGUGACAUUACUAAUGAGUGUGAAUCGUAGAAGCUCUUCACGAUAACUUGCAGUAUUAGUAUAUAUCGUUGAUGCCUUCAAAGUAAGGUUGAAUAUCCACGGCACUGGAGAUCACAAGAAUCCAUAAACAUCAACUUGUUUUCUGUUCGUAUUUCCAAAUGUUUUGGGCUUAAUCAAUCCCUAGAGUUCUACGCCCACCAAAAAAACCAUGUCGUGUGAUGUUUGGCAACAGGUUCUGGCUUUGGACUCUCGCUAUAGCGCUGUCAGGCCAAUAACAAAAUCAAGUACUGAAUUAAGGCAACUGUAUCUUCGAAGAAGGAAUCAGUUAACAAGAGAAAAAGCCGCACUGAGUGUCAACGAGGCUUUCAGACAUCCUAAUUUAUCUUGUAGUUUUCAAUAUGCAGCUGGAACCUCUGUCGCGUCUUUUGUUGCCUACAGAAACAUUCGUGAGCAGCUAUUACUUUCUCUUUACGGUCCAGCCAAACCUCACAGGUGCGCCUCACCUCAGUUAAGCUUAACUAAAACCAGGAGCUACGAUGAGAGUACAAAACUGCCUUCCCUACUGAACUACUCCAUGACUAAGUCUAUAUGUGAUACAUCUUCAGAUUAUCUUACACCCGGAAGGACGGAAACUUUAGGCGAGAGUUAUGCGUUUUCUGGUAUUGAGCAUAUUUUUGACCACCAUUCAGGCGCCGUAAAUCGUUUGAGUUUUGCAAACCACGAUUCAAGUCGUUUAGCUUUGGCUUCGUCUGAUGGGACUGUAUCCAUCUGCCGUAUCUCCCCAGCUAGUGGGGUUUUUUCCAUUGCAUGUGUUUUACCAGAAUAUCGUGUAAAACAAACAGAAAUUACAGAUAUAGCCUGGUCCAUGACCAACGAAUUUCUAGCAAGUACGUCUCUAGAUGGAAAUAUAUGUUUAUGGGAUGUUGGAGAAGCUAAGUUGGCACGAGAGUAUUUAAGUACGGAGCUGAAACUUGGCCCACUAUUGACGUGCGCUUUCCAACCCGCAAACAAUAACAUUUUCGCCGUUGGUAGCGUUACUGGAAUUAUUCAGAUGGUGAAUCUUUCUACAGGUAAGAACUGUGUUAGAGGCAUGGACCGUAUUCACGUAGCUGCUCGAGGUAGUAAAACUCGUCUAAAUUCGUCAGUCACUGAGCUACGGGGUCUUUUGGGUACAGGAUGUAUUACAACUUUGGCUUUUGAAGAUGCGACAGGCAAUUACUUGUGGGUAGGAACUGAUCGAGGCAUAAUCCAGUCCUAUUUAUGUGAACCAUCAACAGGCUUUAUCAUCAGAUCACAACGUGUGGAUAUAUCGUCGCUGAAUCUGUCUGUCGUCCCAACCUGCCCUGAGAACGGAAUAAAACUUAAUAAUUUAUUGUACGAACGACCGCCAAGUACUCGAAAAACCUAUUUCCUGUCUAAAGCAGACCAAAGUUUCAAAAGGUGGAGCAGUCUGAAGAGCCGAGCACGUACGCAUAAUGCGAUAGAUAAGUUACGCAGCAAUGAAGGUACAUCGUUAGCGCCGAGCAUAACUAGUCUUUCGAUAUACUCAUGGCUAUCCAAAGAAAAAAGUGAAACAUAUUUAUUGAUCAAUGCAGCUGGUAUCGGGUUAUUGCUGCUUCGACUAACAUUAGAUAAUAGGAACGUGAUUCUGGAGCAAAGGUUUCCUGUGCAUCAUCGUUCUUUCAAUUCCGUCCCAAAAGCACUUCGUCUUAUUCAUUCAUGUUUUGCACCACUCAUAUCAUUCCGUUCUGGAGCUUGUGCUGCGAGUGGAAGUGAAGAUUGCAAUGUAUACCUAUAUAAUGUGUUGAGAAGUCGUAAUGCAGACCCCGCAACAGGAAACAGUUCCUCUCACAAUAAACAAACGUCCACGGGUGUUGUCACCAUUUUACAGGGACAUACAGCUCCAGUGCUAGAUGUAGCGAUCAGUUGGGACGAGAAUAUGUUAGCGUCAGCAGACGAGAAGGGUUCAGUAAUUAUAUGGAGAAGACAAGAAAAAUCCGACACAAGUUGAAGAAUGAACUCCUACCUUAAGAUUAAAACUAAUUUUAUUUGGGAUGUAAUUACACUUCGAUCUACGUGCUUUUUAAAACUAACUUUAAUUUUCUGAAUUCCUAAUUUUCUCGUUUUGUUCUACACAUGUAAAUAUAUGUAUUGCAACGCAAUGCCAUUCAUUCUUAAGCCUUUGGGUCGCACUCACUUGACUUCGUACUGGUGUAUCAGUGCCACUGUAGGCCUACUUCCAACAACCCUCAGCGAACAGCAUUAAGAACCGUUUGCAAGUCUCAUGCUUCAAACUUGAGUACACUGUCUUUACGAGUAUCUGCUGAAAACUACUGAUCUAGUCCGUGCAUUUAGGCAGAUCAUAGUAAAGAAUUACUCUAGCUUAAACUCAACUCAUUAUUAAUAAACUAAUGUAGCCUAUACUCCAUAAGCACUUCUCGACUACUGAUUCGCAAACUAUCUAUAGGUUGCAGACUGGAGAACAACGCUUUGAUGAUACACGAACGUACCUCCACAUAGAAUUGGCCCAUGUGAGACUGGUCAAAUGGGUUUGCAGCACGGCAACAAGGUCUCAGCUUUCCUGAGCUAUUCGGUGUUUAUACUGUUCAAGUGAGGGCCAAAACAACGCGCAUCGUCGAAGCGAGUAAACCAUGCCUGUGCCCGGACGAGUGAUCACGAAGCAAUUAUGGAUUAUAUAGCGCCUUACUUGCAGAACCGAAUGUUACACU